AUGUCAUAUGCAUUCUUUCAAGGAAGAAGGACAAACAACUCUAUAUUCAUGUUUUCUGAAGCUGAUUUCCCUAAAAUAAACCAAGCUGAUAUUAGAUCACUGAUCAUUUGGUUGAAACAAAGGGUGAGUACAGAUAAAGCUUAUGCAGCUGUUCUACAAUGCCUAAGGCAAUAUGUGCUCGACAUGGUUAUUGAUUUCAGUGUUGACUGGGAGAUUGGACAGCUGGGAGAAAAGGAAGCCGAGGAACUAAAUUUGGAUCUAAAUAUGGAGAAUGAGUCGCCUGGGAACAUUCUAAAGAAACCACACAGAGGUGUUGUAUUCUCUUCUAAAGGUCGACUAGAAUUCAUGAGAAUCUCCCAAAAACAUCUAUUCUCUUCUAAAUUCAUUAAAGGCAUCAUUGGUUUAUUGAAGAGAAUAGGCGAUCAAGAUGAAUCACUGAGAGUGAAGAUCAUUGAAGAACUUACAUGGUUUUCAAGUUUUCAGUAUUGGUUAAUAAACUUGAGAAACAAUGUUUAG